CAAAACAAGACAUUAAUGCUGAAUGCAUAAUAUAUCUCAUGCCUUUGCUCCGCUGUUACACACACAACAUAUCAUGGAAGCGAAAACAACAGAGUCUGAUGCCGAAACGGUGGUUUAUAGCCAAGAAUGGGUAUCAUCCCUGCCAAAAGACAAAGGCAUAGUUGGAGACUACACUUAUCAAUACCAAGGAUACUGGCACACUCCUUUAGGGUUGCAAGGGAUGAUCGACUGUCAACAACAUUUUCGGCCUCGAGAAAACGAUGUCUUCCUCGUAACUGCACCCAAAUCUGGCACCACCUGGAUGAAAGCCAUUCUCUAUGCUAUAGUUCACCGCCAAAAACAUCAUCCUCAAGAUGCUCAGCACCCUUUGCGACAAAAGACUCCUCAUCAGCUUGUCCCUUUCUUUGAAAUAACUAAGCCCUCCGAAUAUGAGUCUUUAUUUUUGGACGGUACAUGCAGGAUCUUUGGUUGCCAUUUUCCAAUAGGUUUUGAGGAGCUGGAAGAUGCAGUGAAGGUUGAUGAGAUUCUUGCCGAUAAAAAGUCUCUUUCUUAUCUAGUUGCUUUCUACCAAACAAUCGAAGCCAAUCUGAUGUGGGCUUCUAGUUCGUGGGCUUGUGGCCCAACGUCCAUUACAGAGGAGGAUGGUGGAUCAACUAAUAUCAAGAUUGUGUAUUUGUGCAGGGACAUCAAGGACAGUUUUGUUUCACUCUUUCACUUCUCCAACAAGGCCAAUCUUCGAUCUUCUCCUGUUUCUCUGGAAGAGGCAUUUCAUUUAUUCUGCAAAGGCACAAGUACGGGUGGUCCUAUCUGGGAUCAAAUCUUGGGAUAUUGGAAGGAGAGCCUGGAAAGACCAAACAAGGUGCUGUUUAUGAGGUAUGAAGAGUUGAAGUCUGAGCCUCAUGCACAAGUCACGCGUCUGGCGCAGUUUCUGGGGAGACCCUUCUCACCAGAGGAGGAGAAUAUGGAAAUGGUUGAUCAGAUCACGAGUUUGUGUAGUUUUGGUAACAUGAGCAAAACUGCAGGUUAAUAACACAAGACAUUUGGUGCCUGGAUUAAGCAAUGGUUCAUUUUUUCGGAAUGGUCAAGUUGGAGGGGGAAACAAGUGUCUCACUGCAGAGAUGGCUGCUAAGUUGGAUCAGAUUACCCAGGAAAAGUUCAGCGGUUCAGGAUUGAUUCUUUAAUAUAUAAUCAUCUCGACAUAUCCAAUUUAAAUAAGUGUGUCCGUUGCUUCUACCAUUUAUGUUCUUGUUGGCUUGUUUGUGAUCGUUUGUCCUUGAAAAAGUAUGAGUCUGAGAUGAGUAAUCCUAAUCAUCAUUUAUAAUAUGCAUUUUGCUUUGCGAUUGUGUUUCAACGUGGUGUACGAUUUUAAUAAAUUAAUAAAACUUUAUGAAUUUUAGUAUAUUAUAUUUGAUUUAGA